CACGUGAGCGAAACGACGUUGCGUUUAAGCUUUGAAAAACAAAAGAAAUGAGAAAAUGCGACUGCUACUUCUACCUCCAUCGUGUUACUGUUCGGGCUUAGUGAGUUGCAGAUUCACUUCAAAUUAUGCGUUUCUUUGAUCGGUUUUUCAUCACAUCAAACGACGUCACCAAUCAUCGCAAUUUCUCUAUCAUUUCCUUCUCUUGAUCCGCGAAAUCGUGCACACGGUGCUGGUGUGUGUACUGAGGUAGAAAGAAGAAAAUUGGAUUGUGAACAGCAUGAAUUAUCUUCUUGGAGCUUUCAAGCCUGCAUGUAAUGUCUUGAUCACGUUUAACGAUGGAAAAAACCGUAAGCAGGUUCCGUUUAAAAAAGAAAAUGGUCAAACAGUUACAGUCCCACUUUUUCAAAGUCAGGAAAACAUUGCUGGGAAGAUAACAAUAGAACCAAUGCAAGGGAAGAAGAUUGAUCACAAUGGUGUAAAAGUUGAGCUCCUUGGACAGAUAGAGAUGUAUUUUGACAGAGGAAAUUUUUAUGACUUUACUUCCCUUGUACGAGAACUGGAUGUUCCUGGAGAAAUCUAUGAAAGGAAAACAUAUGCGUUUGAAUUUUCUACUGUUGAAAUGCCAUAUGAGACGUAUAAUGGGGUGAAUGUGAGACUUAGGUAUGUAUUGAAAGUGACCAUUAAUCGUGGUUAUGCUGGAAGCAUAGUAGAGUACCAGGAUUUUGUGGUUCGCAACUAUUCUCCACCUCCGCAAAUUAACAAUAGCAUCAAGAUGGAAGUUGGAAUUGAAGAUUGUCUACACAUUGAAUUUGAAUACAACAAAAGCAAGUAUCAUCUGAAAGAUGUCAUCAUUGGUAAGAUAUACUUUUUACUCGUCAGAAUCAAGAUAAAAAACAUGGAUCUUGAGAUUAGGCGUCGAGAAUCCACAGGAUCAGGGACUAACACUCAUGUUGAGACUGAAACAUUGGCUAAAUUUGAGCUGAUGGAUGGUGCUCCUGUCAGAGGUGAAUCAAUUCCAAUCAGACUGUUCCUCAGUCCUUAUGAGCUGACACCAACUCAUCGAAACAUUAAUAACAAAUUCAGUGUGAAGUACUUUUUAAAUCUUGUGUUGGUUGAUGAAGAGGACAGGCGAUAUUUCAAGCAGCAGGAAAUCACAAUGUAUAGGUUGCAAGAAACUUCAUGAUUACUUGCCAUACAGGGAAUGAAUGGGUAUUAGAUUUGGUAAUAGAAAUAAAGCAGAUUGUUGAAGAGUUCUUAUAUCUGGAAUUAGCCAAGUGAAUGGUGUUCUCUAAGGGGUAAAAUGGCUUGGUAUUCUAGCAUGUUUGGAAUUCACCACUUGUAAUCAUGUACAUUGACUGAUCUUCUGUUGGUGUCCUGACACAGUUGUGUAGAUUUUAAACAUAUCCAUUGAAGGAAGCAUCUUGAAAAUUCUGUGCUGGAUUGUGUUGACUGAACAUGUACUUGAGUGUAAUAUCUGUUGUACUUCGGUUUUUUGUUAUCAGCUUUUGCUGUAUUUGCCUUGUGAACAUGAUGAUGAUAUCUAUUUUAAUUAUUUUCAACAGAUAGAUUCUGUUGGACUCUGGUUUGUUUGUUUCUGCAU